GUACAAACAAGGCUCAAUACCUGUUGCAACUGUGGAGUAGCUAUUAGAGAAGGAUAUUAUUUCAAAAUUGUUGAAUUGUGUUCCAGUAUUGCGGCGGGAGAUCCAAUAAAAAUAGCAAAAACUAGACACACUCCAGAUAUGGCAAAAAAUGGGUUUUAUACAGAAGAACCGCGGGAAAAAUUUACGUUGGGAAAGAAAAUUGUCACGAUGUUAUUAG